UCGUCUCGAAAACAUCUCCCCCUCGCCUUCGACGCCGCAACCGUCUCCGAAGCCCUGCCGUGGAUGGAGACGGCGAGGUAGCCGCUUGGGGCAGUUCGGCGUCUUACUCCCUCAUAGUCGAGGAGGGCGGAGAUCGCGCUUUAGGGUGAGGCCUUUUGUGUGUCUUUUCUGAAAAUGGCGCUUAAAUUCGAGGUGCUAGGAAAAUUCAACAGAGCCCGUGCAGCACGAUUAGCACUUCCUCACUUUGUUUGCCAAACACCACUUUUUAUGCCUGUUGGAACUCAAGGUACAAUAAAAGGUCUGACUAAUAAUCAGUUGGAGGAGAUUGGCUGCCAAAUAAUACUUGGUAAUACCUAUCAUCUUGCUCUUCGACCUGGUGCUGAGUUGAUUGAUGACUUGGGUGGUCUUCAUAAAUUCAUGAACUGGAAGAGAGCCCUGCUUACCGACUCAGGCGGCUUUCAAAUGGUUUCUUUAUUGCAUUUGGCUGACAUUACUGAGCAGGGUGUGACAUUUCAGUCUCCUGUUGAUGCAAAGCCCAUGCUUCUGACACCUGAAGAAUCAAUACAAAUACAAAAUAAGAUUGGAGCUGAUAUCAUCAUGGCGCUUGAUGAUGUUGUGAAGACAACCAUUACUGGUCCACGCAUUGAAGAAGCUAUGUAUCGUACUCUUCGUUGGAUCGAUAGAUGUAUAGUUGCUCACAAGAGACCGGAUGAGCAAAACUUAUUUGGAAUUGUUCAAGGAGGACUAGAUCCAGUUCUGAGAGAUAUAUGUGUCAGAGGUUUGGUGGAUCGCAAUUUACCAGGCUAUGCUAUUGGUGGUCUUUCAGGCGGUGAAGAUAAAGACUCCUUUUGGCGUGUUGUUGCACAGUGUACUGCUGCAUUACCAGAAGAUAAACCCCGAUAUGUGAUGGGUGUUGGAUAUCCACUUGAUCUUGUAGUUUGCAGUGCGUUAGGUGCAGACAUGUAUGAUUGUGUAUAUCCUACACGAACUGCUCGUUUUGGCACAGCUCUUAUUCCUGAGGGUCUCUUGAAGUUGAAAAAUCAGGCCAUGGCCAAUGAUGAACGUCCUAUUGAUCCGACAUGUUUGUGUAUGGUUUGUAGAAAUUAUACACGAGCCUACUUACACUGCAUUGUGACGAAAGAUCCAAUGGGUUCCCAGCUAGUGUCUUAUCAUAAUUUGUCAUAUAUGAUGAGGCUAAGCAAGGACCUUCACACAUCAAUAGUUGAGGGGCGAUUUCCAGAGUUUGUACAGGGUUUUUUACGUGUGCAGUUCCCUAAGGGUGAUAUCCCAGAGUGGGUUUGCAAUGCGAUGGAGGUUGCUGGUAUUGACGUGUCGACCUGCUGUGCUCCGUAAUAACAGAGGAUUAGCUAAAAGGAUUAUGAUAGAUGAGAGGCUUAACAAAAACAAAUUAGCCUCGUAUACAUGAAUUGUCACACCAAGAUUAUUUAGGUUGCAGCAUAACAAGUAUGCUGCUCAGAGUAUAAAAUUAGCAUACGUGAAGUUUUGUACCAUUGGUUAUCCUGUUGUUCCAGAGUUGCUUGCACACCCUCUUUUGAAUCAUAUGAAUCCAAUUCAAUA